GUUGCGGCCGACGUUCAAACGUUACUUCUAGACGGCAAGUAGAAGUACACGGUUUACGUUUUAACUGCAAGAAAAAUCGUUGCGGCGGACGUUUACAACAUCACGUGACUCAAUGAACGUCGCGCAUUGACCCACGGGAAAUUUGUUGAAAAAAAUGGCAGAACCGUUUGACAACGAAUUUCCCGAGCGAAGCGUCGUGUUUCCUUGCGUUACAAACAAUAGGAAAGUUCCAAUGCGUUUUUCCUGUAAUCAUGAUAUACUCCUGUUGAGAGAAGUAGUUGCUGUAAAUCCGUAUGCGUAUGAAAAUCCGAAAAGUGCUUGGAAAACUAUAUCGGAAAAUUUAUGGGCAUAUUACACCGUCGACGGUAGAAGCUGCCGGGAAAGAACAACUUUACUUCUACAGUAUUAUGACAAGGAUGUUAUGGAGGAUUGCAGGCAGUUUUUCGAAGCAAAGACCGAUGCACUGAGGACCCAUUGCGCUAUUCACAGGGAAGUACUCGCAUCAAAAUAUCUGCGUCCUACAUUGAAUCAAGACUUAGAAUAUGUAGUAAACUUUAUAAAAACCCGGCCGUUGAAGGUAAGAUUUUUCAAAAAACUGUGUGAAGAUGUGGGAUCCGAGUACACGUCUUUGUUGUACUACAGCAGCCGAGAGUAUAAAACAUUACCACGAGCGAGCGAUGGCUCUCCGAGGUAAUGUUUUCUCUCGUACGUUUGAACUGCGACAGGAAAUUUAUAUUAUUCUUAAAGAGGAAGACCACAAGUAUGCCGAAAAUUUUGAUUGAAGAUUUUUUUGAUAAAACUAGCAUACUUAUGUGAUACUUUUGAAAAGCUGAAUGCUCUGAAUCUCUCCCUGUAGAGAAACGACACGCACCUUUUUAAAGUCGAUUGAGAAAACUUCGGCUCUUAUAAAAAAAAUUAAAACUAUGGAAAAGAAAAAUAAAGGAAGACGGAGGAAAGGAUGUUUCCCUUUUGUCUUUGUCAUGGACAUCAUAUGGAGUUUAUGUUUCCCACUCUGGAUGUUUUCCUCGUAAACAAUUCCAUAUGUUCUGUUGUGUUUAUUUUUGGUCUCCAGAACUUCGGAAAAUUGGUCAGUUGGAAGAAGUGAAGCUGCAAUUUUGUCCUUUCCGUGGAAUAAAAUUUUAUGUACGCUUACUGGCAUCGGCGUACCAGUUAUACCCUCGGAUAUAAUCAAAUUUCCUCAUGUAUGCAUCAAAUUUAUCCGCAUUUAUGGCAAAGGCAUAAGCUAGACAUUCUAAAAUACAAUGGAAAUAAAAUAAUUUUGUGAGCUGCGCAUUAAUGCGAGUAAUUUCGGCGGAUGUUUUGGCAUUUCGGAAAAAUUUGCGAGCUAUAUUUCCAUCGUUUAUAUUUCCUGAUAUCUAUUUCGUUAAAUCUACCAAAAGCCAUAAUUCCUCGCACAGCUUGUAUUGUAUUUGCUUUUUCCUUUCUUCAACCUUACAUCUAAAUUCUGGGGCUUGUGUACGAUUGUGUAUGGGCGGGUGGAAAGAUUUGCGCCAACAAUCAUUGCGAGAAUUCGAUUUGUAGACAGGCAUACGGGCAUCGUUGCGCGGGACAAAAAUUUUCCACUCUUCUUUAUCGUAAUACCCCGCGAGACAGCUCUUUUGACAAUAGCAGCAGAGUCCCUUCCUCCAGCGCGGCGUAGACGAAUUUCUGUUGCAGUCGCUAACUCUUCGUUAUUCCUGUCUUCAAUUAAAUGUUUUACCUUUCGUUUCUUGGUCUUCGGACAGCAGUCUUGAAAUACCUUUGGAGGUCUUCCACGCGGAGUACCAGGUAAAGCCUUCAUCACUACAUUAGGCACCGUCGAGAAUUGUCUAAGACACGAGGAAUUUACCACUAGAAAUUGCUCGCGAUACCGUCUGCAUUUCUUCCAUCUUUAAUUUGGAAACAAUAAUUACUUAUUGCUUUCUCUGCACUUUUCUCAGCCGCAUCCGGCAAUGAAGAGACGUUACAUUUUUGUAGAACGAAAGCGUACACGGCCUCCAAUCUUUCACGUUGGCUACUUGCGAACCAAUGUCGAAAAGUUCCUCUCGUGAAAAUUAUAAUUCUGCAGUAGAGGCCAAUUUUUGGCUAAAACUUUUUUCACUUUUUAUUAGCAGAAGGAUCGGGCUUUAAGUUACCAGAAAUACGGAGUCCGAAACCAAAUCUUUUGUUGAAUAUUGAAUUCUACGACAGUGAUCCGCGAUGCGGAAGCGUUAUUUAGAAACAGACUACGACACAAAGCUGAAAACAAAUACGAGGAUCGGCUUUCAAAGUCGGCGUACCGACAGGUACGGUACAUGCGAAAGGUUCAAUCGUGCACUCGGGUAGGCAGAUAACACACUUUUUCGUCGAGUCACGGGUAACUUCCAAAAGAAGGUAAUUACGUUGCCAGCCGUACUAAUGUUUCCGUUUCUAUAAGAAAUAUUUUGCUUCACAAAGUAGUAAUUUUAUUUUUUACUUUAGGUCCCGCUAGUUUUGUGAAAUUGAACACCGCGCCGAUGUAAAACAUGGUGAAAUCCCUAAUCGAUAGUCCAACUUCUUUAAGCAGGAAUCGCAUCUAUUUUGAUAGGAGACCGGCAGCGGCGUAACCUAUGGGGCCGAGAGAUACUUUUUACGUUGUCGAGAUGAGCGUUGCCAGUGUUUUAGGGCGGUUUUGUUCGGUACUGUACGUCGUCUUCUAACGUUCGGAAAGAAUAGGAGUCAGGGCCAGUUAAUGGGAUUUGCAGCGGUACGUACGCCGUGUUUGACGUCGGGCCGGUAGUAG